AUGCGAAUCGCCACGGCCCACCUGUUCCUCCUGCUGGCGGUGCCGCUCUGGCUGGUGUCUGCCAGGGUGCCGCUGCUGGUACAGUGCGCCCAGAUCCUCGGCCUGCUGAUUCUGAUUACGCUUGUCAGCUACUGGACGGUCUGGAUUCUGCGGCGGAAGGCGUUCCUCAAGCUCGUUGAUGGGGACGGUAAAGCUGUGCUCAUCACAGGGUGUGAUACGGGCUUCGGUCACUUGCUGGCCAAGCGAUUGGCCAAGGAGGGCUUCUACGUGUUUGCCGGCUGUCUCUUCUCCGACGGCGAUGAUGCCAGAGAACUAAGGUCUUCGCCGAACAUCCACGUCCUUCAGCUGAACGUCACCAAGGAGGACCAGGUGGAGCUCGCCUUACAAGAAGUAAAGAAUAACUUGGGCUCCAGAGUACUCUGGUCAGUGGUGGCCAAUGCCGGCGUGCAGAAUUCGGGCCCCGUCGAGUGGCAGACCAUGGCUCGCAUUCGGUCCGCCUUCGAAGUCAACGUCUUCGGCGUCGUCCUCGUCGCCAAGAGGUUCCUGCCGCUGCUUCGAUACUCAAGAGGGAGGCUCGUCAUCGUUUCGAGCGGCUUUGGCCGAGAUACCCUUCCAAUAGCGCCAAUUUAUUGCAUGACCAAGCACGCCUGCAUUUCACUUGCCGAUGGACUCCGUCGGCAGUACUACGAGAGUGGAGUCCACGUCAGCACCAUUGAGCCUUGGGUGUACAGGACGAAGAUUACCAGCACCGACACAGCUCACGACGUGCUUGAGGCCGACGCCAAGCUCCUUCCCGCCGAUGUACAACGAAGCAUCACCAAGGAGAAGUUGUCGAAGUUCAAGCGUAUAUGCGAUGCCUUUCUCAAUCUUGCUGCAAGGGACGAUCCGAACGAGGUGGUGCAAGAGAUGACGCUGGCUGUCAGAGAGUGUACGCCCAAGGCGUACUACAUGACUGGAGGCCAAAUGGACUGUCUGGCUCGCUGCCUUAUCGGUGUCAUCCCCGUAGAACUCACAGACGCGUGGAUCUCGCUCCUCCUAAAACUUAUUUUGUGGGGACGAUCGAAAGUAAACAAAAAAUGA